GGUGGGCAGCAGCUCUCUAGAGCUCAUAACCCCGCUCUCUCAACGAUUUUUUCUUUCUUCUCCUUUGACCCCCUUCAAAUCUUUGGCCUUUCCAUCUAAAAAGAGACCACUUUUCUCCGCGCCUGCUCGCAUUAGAACGAUUGAUGGGAUGACGUUGGCAUGAACGUAGGUCGGAAUUGUCUUUCUCUGUUGGAACUCAUCUAAUUCCACACCCGGCUAAGGUUGAUAAAGGUGGUGAAGAUGCAUUUUUCGUAAGCGGGUACAAUGGCGGAGUUCUUGCUGUUGCUGACGGUGUUUCGGGCUUUCCUUUUUAAUGGUUGACAGAUGGGCUGAAAAGAAUGUCGACCCUGCGCUUUUUUCUCAAGAGUUGAUGGCGAAUGCUUCGGGUCUUGUUACGGAUGAGGAGGUCGAUUACAACCCGCAGAUCCUCUUGAGAAAGGCUCAUGCUGCAACCUCCUCCAUGGGAUCAGCUACUGUUAUUAUUGCCAUGCUGGAGAAGAACGGAACUCUGAAGAUUGCGAGUGUUGGAGAUUGUGGGCUACGAGUGCUUAGAAAUGGCCAAGUGAUAUUUUCUACGCAACCACAAGAGCACUAUUUUGACUGUCCUUACCAACUAAGCUCUGAGAUAAUUGGCCAAACUUAUCGUGAUGCCAUGGUCUGCAGCUUAGAGUUAAUAGAAGGAGACACUAUUGUUAUGGGUUCUGAUGGACUUUUUGAUAAUGUAUUUGAUCAAGAAAUUGUUUCCAUCAUUUACAGGAUCGACGAUGUGACACCAGCUGCCAAGGCAUUAGCUGAUCUAGCAAGCAGUCAUUCAACCGAUACAGACUUUGAUUCACCCUAUAUUAUCGAAGCAAGGAGUAGGGGGUUUGAUGUUCCCUUGUGGAAGAAAAUUCUUGGAAAGAAACUAACAGGUGGUAAGCCAGAUGAUAUCACUGUGAUAGUGGGGAGAGUUGUAUCUUUGCCAAAUGAUUCAAGAGCAUAAAAGCACUGCUAUCAGCAAAAUUCAUAGAUCAAGUCUAACGCCCCUUCGAUGAAUGACCCAUAAUGAUGUAUUAUAUUUACCACACAAAGCUCCACAUAGAGAGUUUCUCCAUUGAGUAUAAAUUCAGAUCUUUUCUCGAGAGUGUUUUAGGAAACACAUUUUUAUUUUGUCUUAUUUUUCCAGCAUUAGCCAUGUAAUCUAAAGAAAGGUCAAGUAUGUAUAGAAAUGUUCUUAAAUUUGAUUUGUGCCUCUUUGGUUUAUAUAAUACGUAGGCAUGAUAAAUG